AUGCAAGCACAACAAAAAAAGAUACUACCCCAGGCGGGUUCCGGCGCUGAUACUAGUGCCGGGGAAUCCCGCCCCCUGACGGUCUCGGCCGACAGGGGCUGCCCCUCGUAUUCUGGGGAGGGCAACGUUUUGCUUAAGUGUGACAAACCAUUUGCGAGGUCUGGCCUGCUACAACGCACGCCGCCUAAAACAACGACACAGGCACGGACAUGGACUGAUACAGAUCAAACGGAAACGGAGGACGGAAUAUCUACAGGAGAUGAACAGGCACAAUGCAGACGACCACCCUACGUAAGCCCCCUGACAUUUUUCUCACCCAUGGUGAGCACGCCGAAAAAUAGAGAUGGGAAAAGGAAAAAGUCACCAAAGAGUAAUAAGGAGACAGAAAGUCUAGAGGAAAAGGAAGACCGACUUUUGGGUGAACUAUUCGGCAACAUCGUAGAUGUAAACUCACUUGUGGAGAGACAAGGGCCAUACAAGAAUACAGCUAAUGAAAUUAAGACAAGACUGCGAGAACUGCAAAAGCUGUGUGGACGGGUCAUGGAUGUCCGAAGAAUGAGAAUAGGAGAAAAAAGCGAAGAGAUGGAGAGAACUCCAAAAAGAGCAAAGAGAGUAGCAGUGGUGGUAGAAGAUAAAGGUACAAAUACAUCGACCGGAGGCGAGAUGGAAGGAUUAGAAUGGGAUGAUGAUCUGGGUACGGAAACUGACUGGAAGGAAGUACAAUCGAAGGGGAAACGCCAAAAAGAGAGAAAUAGGAACAAAGGAUUAGGAAGAUAUCCGGCGGAGAUCAAUCGAGUGCAGGACAAGGAAAAAGAGAAUGAGAUCGAGAAAGAUCUACUGACAAAGACAGGGAGGAAUCGGGAAGAGGAAAAAGCCCCAAAUCAGAAAGCUAAGAAGAAAGGAAAAAAUAAGCUGGGGAAAAAGCCAAGCGGCAGAAAGCCAAUCGCGAAGCCCGAAGCACUGCUAGUCGAGGUAAGAGACCGUGACUAUGCCAGCGUACUUAAAGAGGUAAAGUCGGGACUAGCAAGUGAGAAAGUAGUAUUCUCUAAGGUAAGAAAGACCAGAAGGGGCGAUAUACUACUUGAACUUGAGAAAGGUCAAGAUGGAAACGCCGUGCAAGUAAAAGAGAAAGUGGGGGAACUGUGCCCAAAUUUAACACUUAGAGCGCUAAAAGAGUCUGCCGAUGUUAUAAUUAGAGGACUAGAUGCCACAGUGGAAAAAGAAGAAGUGGAGGAGGCAUUAAAACAAAAGGUGAAGGAAUUCCACGUUAAGAGUUUUUGGGAGAACCGAUACGGUAUUAAGACAGCCCUGGUCGAGCUUCCGAAGGAGGAAGCUCAAAAACUUGCAGACCAGAAAAAGAUAAAGAUAGGAUGGAUGAGGGUCCCAAUCAGGCUCUCAGUAGAAAGAAAAAGGUGCUACAGGUGUCUCGAAUACGGGCAUAUUUCAAUGGCGUGCCCAGGCCAGGACCGAAGCAAAAAGUGCUAUAACUGUGGCAUCGAGGGGCAUAAGGCCAUAGACUGCGAGCGGGAAACAGCAUGCGCUAUCUGUAUGGAUAAAGGCCAGAGCAAUACAAGACAUCGAAUGGGCUCGAAAAGUUGCCCGUCUUGGAAAGAAAAGGUGCCUGGCGGAAGGAUCAAAGUGCCAAAAAACGGGGUAUAG